AUGAAUCGACAGAUUUUGCCAGAUCCCAACACCUCGGUCACACAACAGUACAAGAAGCUUGAAUGUGUUGGGAGAGGUGCAUACGGAUCGGUACACAAGGGUGUAUUUGUUCCGACAGGCGAAGCUGUCGCGCUCAAGAUAAUCAACCUUGACGGGCAAGAUGAUGAUGUGGAAGCAAUACAAAAGGAGGUUGCGCUACUAAGCUCGCUACGGGGACCUGAUAGUAUCAACAUUACGAGAUACCAUGGUUGCUGGUUGGAAGGACCUCAUGUAUGGAUUGUGAUGGACUAUGCACAGGGUGGGAGUGUCAGGACAUUGGCUAAAGCCGCACCCAACAAUUCAAUAGAAGAGAAAUUCAUCAGCAUUAUCACACGCGAGGUGCUCCAGGGCUUGGCGUUUUUACACCGAAAUAAUGUUAUCCAUCGAGACCUUAAAGCUGCGAACGUCUUGAUAUCCGACGGGCGAGUCAUGCUCUGUGAUUUUGGAGUCUCAGCCCUUCUCGCAACUCCACACUCAAAGCGCUCGACCUUUGUAGGAACACCUCAGUGGAUGGCUCCCGAAGUUAUCUUAGGACAUCCAUACGAUACCAAGGCAGACAUAUGGGGAUUAGGAAUUACCCUCUAUGAGAUGGCGACUGGCGCACCACCUCACGCGGACCAAGACCAUAUGAGAGCGUUGAUGCUCAUCCCAAAACUCAAGCCACCAAAACUACCAGAUGCAACUGAUGCGAGUAAAGAAAUGCGAGACUUCAUGGCAUUGUGUCUUCGAGAAACACCCGGCGAUCGGCUAUCAGCUGAAGAGUUGUCCAAGAGUAAAUGGAUCAAAUCGUCCAAAGGAUCCGUUUCGAUCUUAAAAGAACUUUUGGUACGAUACGAAUCUUGGACUAACAAAGGAGGUGUGCGGGCGAGUCUUACUAGUCCAUUUGGGGCACUUGAUCCCGACGAGGAACCGCAGGAUUAUUCGCAACCACAAUCAUGGGAAUUCGAGACAAUCCGUGGCACAAACUAUGCGGAUGGUGGCGUCACACAAACAGGCUCGAGCCCGGAGCAGCCGGCCGUGGAUCUUUCGGUACUUUCCAAUCCUCCUCGGUCGCUCCGCAUGCUUUUUGAGGAUGCGUCUAACCCUGGAAUGGAUCCUUUCCGUAUCAACCAACCCCGACCCAAUCAAGGAUUGCCUGCAGUAUCGAGUAGCAGUACGAUCAGUACUAUCGCGAGUUUGGAUAGCAACAGCAGUGGUGGCAACGAUAGCAACGACACGAUUUCCACGGACCCAAAUCUAAGCUUUGGUAACAGUCACAGUGAAAACAACGGACAACAUGUUCUUCCAAUUCCAUUCGACACACAUCAAGAUCUUCUGUCCAUCCGUCGAGAUUCGACCGACAUACUCACUGCCCGACAAGCUAAUUAUGUCUUUCCUCGGUCCGCACCUUCUUUAAUUGUGGAUACAGUCAAACCACCUUCGACAGACCCGGCGCUUAGCAGUACUGAGUCUGAUUCAUCUGCCACUGCCAGUGGAGUCGGAACUACACGACGGGGAGUGCUCCAUAAACAAUCCUUCUCUGGCUCAAAAGGAUUGCCCCGCUCUCCCCGCCCACUCACUGCUCCCGAUUCGGGAACUGAAUCCGCUUCGGACAAAACCCCCACCCCAGGAACCAAUUCAAAUAAUGCUCCCCUGUCCCCACCUCGGAUGUCCUAUCGCGAGGUACGUGACAGCAAGGGCCUCGCGAACAUUUCGAUCCCUCCCGCUAGCGGAUCCAACGUCGGAGUCCAACUCGCCGAAUCUCCGGGUACGGCCAAUAGCGAGGCCUCGGGCAAGGCACAGCGCAAGGGAGAAAGCUCUCAUGGACAAGGUUCCGGCUCCGGUUCUAGUCUUCCCGGUACUAGUGGAUUGAAUUCAUCCUCAAGUAGGCCCGGUCGAGAACGGCCUACACGGGUAAAGCGCAAUGCGACAGUCGGGUCUCCCACUGAAUUCAGAUUUGGAGGUGCUCCUCCGGAUGGUGGCCUUGUACCACCUAGCCAUGGUGCUAGUCGUUCGUUGGACUCGCGGGGCGGCGUUGGGAAUGGGUUUUCUGGCGGACAAAGUCUUGGUGGAGCUUCGGUUGCAUUGAAUGCUCGACCGAAUGGACUAGCCCCUGCAAGGCCUGCGGUGCUGGGACGCCAGGCGUCAGCCAUGGCAGUUAUGGAGGGAGCUGGUAGGUCAGCGCUUGCCGUCCCUGGGCGAAGCAACACUGGACUUAGCCCGGCAGGCCCAGGUGCAAUGCUAAAAGAUUUGCUCAAGCUUUCACCCGUUCAGCCUGGGUCACUUGGUGCCGGAGCAGACAUGUUGCCCCCAUCGCCUGGUAUAGGUACUGUGGCCAUAUCCCCGGUCACAAAAGUCUUCAGUCAUUCACCAAGUGCAUUGCAAAUGAGUAUUACUCCAAGCGACAUAGGAAAUAGUAGCCCCGUGAAUGGGCGAGCGUACUCGCACUCCCAGUCCAACUCGUACUCGCAUACGAACCAAACAACCCUGCAUUCUUCCGCCAACGCUCUAUUCCACCCUGAUAACCCAGCACUACCUCCGUUGGACUUGGGAAUGCUCCUUUCAGCCGAGAUGUGCAUGCCGAAUUGGCUCGUACGGUAG